AUGGGAAAGCCCAGACCGCAAAAGAAGAAAUCGAAGAAAUCCUCCAAAUCCUCCCAAAAAUCCGUCCUUGGCCCCGGCGGUUCGGUCUCGAACCACAGCAUGGCUCAGAACCCCUCUACAUUACUCGACCAGGCCACGAUCCUGCUUCAAACUGGCCGUGCGGAUGAAGCGCUACCCACCGCACAACAGGCACUGGAGCUAGCGGGGAACGAUGCGUCUACACAGCUAUCGGCCGUGAACCUACUGGGAGAAAUCAAUGUUGAGCUGGGCGAUAUCGAUACCGCGAGAAAAUGCUUUCUCCGUGCCGUGGAUCUGGAUCCGAAUGGUUCCAUCUCGGAAUCCGAAGGUGGAGGUGCUGAGAAAUUCCUGUGGCUGGCUCAAUUGAGUGAGCAAGGCGGUGCCGACAGCGUCCAGUGGUUUGAGAAGGGCGUGUCAUCAUUGAGACAGAUCCUCCAGUCCCUGGAAGGGAAGACAAGUACAGAAGAUGUCAACAGUGCCAAGGAAAAGAAGGUUAAGUUGUCAAAUGCGCUCUGUGCUGUUUCCGAGAUCUAUAUGACCGAUCUUUCUUGGGAGGAAGACGCAGAAGCUCGGUGCGAAUCUCUUAUUACGGAGGCUGUUGCCGUCACACCAGAUGCCCCCGAGGUAUUGCAAACUCUCGCAUCAAUUCGGAUAUCACAGCUGCGCACUGAUGAUGCUCAAGCAGCACUGAAGAAAAGUAUGGCUUUGUGGAAAGAUCUCCCCCCAGAGGAUCUGAGCAUUCCCGAUUUCGCCGUGCGUAUCAGUCUUGCCCGCCUCUUGAUGGAAGUAUCACUGGAAUUUGAAGCUCUGGAGGUCCUGGAGCGAUUGAUCUUGGAGGACGACCAGAGCGUGGAAGCGUGGUACCUCGGAGGCUGGUGUCUAUAUCUGCUGGCGGAGAAGCAACAGGCGCCGAAGGAUGCGACGGAGGAGGAUCCCAGUGAAUCGCCUCGACACGCAUCGCUGGUGGCCAGUCGGGAAUGGCUGAAGCAGAGCCUGAAGCUUUACGGACUACUCGAAUACGAGGACGAGCGACUCCGGGAUCACGCCUUAGAGUUGGUCCAGGGAAUGAACCAAGAGAUCGGUGAAGACCUGGAUGAGGACAGCGAGGCGGAAGGAGAGGGUGAGGACUGGGAGGAUGAGGAGAUCGAGGCGGUCUCCGAUGAUGAUCACGAGAUGGCCGAUUCGUAG